AUGAAGACACUAGGGCUCAAUAUUACUUUUACAAACUAUUUCAUUAUCACCUGCAAAAUAAUAUUUGGUGUUCGUUUUUCAUGUGCGCGAGUUUGUUGCGCAGUCUUUUCAUUUCCGCCAUAUUUUGUUGCACAAGCACGUGUAAAUAUGCAGCUGUUCAUCAGGGCUCAAGAGACCCACACAGUUAAUGUAACUGGCACAGAGACAGUCGGCCAUGUAAAGGCCCAGAUUGCUGCCUCAGAGGGCAUUGCAGUAGAAGACCAAGUUGUCUUGUAUGGAGGAAAACCUUUAGAAGAUGCCACUCUUCUAUCCAGCUUUGACGAGCUCUCCACCAUUGAUGUACAGACACGUAUGCUGGGAGGAAAGGUCCACGGAUCCCUGGCUCGUGCUGGAAAGGUGAAGGGACAGACCCCAAAGGUUGAGGCCCAAGAGAAAAAGAAGAAGAGGACUGGACGUGCCAAGAGGCGCAUGCAGUACAACAGACGCUUCGUCAAUGUAGUAGCCACAUUCGGACGCAGGAGGGGACCCAACUCCAAUGCUGCUGCAUAAAUUUCUCUGUAUAUUUAUAAUAAGAAUAUAGACUGUCUGUGGUACAAAUGUACAUCGUGUAUUCUGUUUGAUGUUUGAUAGUCUGUGAAAUUAGAGUGGAACGGACUUUGGCAUCGUUGAACAGAUGGAUAC